CCAUAAUUCGGAUAGAACCAUAAUCAUGUCCCAACCACAACUUCCAAUCAUCAACAACAACAUUCUUCAUUUCCAAAUUUCCAAACCAAACUUGUUAAUUAUUAUGGCCAUUUCAUGUUCUUCAGAUUGGUCGCUAGCUUGCACAAAUUGUUCCACAAGAAGAACAAACUUGCAUGCAUUCAUCCCUUCUUUCUCCUCACUUUCAACCUCAAAUCCAAAGUUUUUCAUUGCAAAUUUAUCUGCGUCUCACACCCCCAUUUUAGAAGAACCUUCUUCCAACACCCCCUUGAUUCAUUUAGAUGUUAAUAACUUUUCUUCUGACCCUCAACAAUAUUCCAAGCUAGAAAAUGAUCAAAAUUUGAAUGAUUUUCUAUGUGGGUUGUUUGAGGAUCAAAAAAAGGAUGAACUUGCAUUUGAUUACUAUCAAAGACUCAAAGAGAGAUCAGAGUUUAUACCAAAGAAAUCAACUUUGAAGUAUGUGAUAAGGUAUUUGAUGAAAUUCAAGAAAUGGGAAUUUUUUUCAUCACUUUCUCAUGACUUUAAGGUUUAUCAUGUUUUCCCUGAUGUUGCCACUUGUUCUAGGUUGAUUAGUUUUUGCAUUAAGAAUAGAAAGUUCAAGAUUUCUGAGACCCUUUUAGAUGCUUUUAGCUUGAAUAGUGAAGUUGGUGUUUUUGCUUUUGGUUCUGCUUUGGAAAGUUAUAAUAAGCUGCAUAUGUUUAGAAGAAGUGUUUUGGUUUAUGAAAAAUUGAAAUCCACUAGUGUUGUUAUAGAUGCAAGAUGUUAUUUACACAUUAUGGAAGCUUAUUUGAGGCUUAAUAACUGUGAAAGAGUUGUUCAAUUGUUUAAUGAGUUUGAAAGUAGGAAGUUAAGAAAUUCAAAUCGAUAUUUAGGUCAAAUCUAUAGUGUUUUAUGUGAGUCAUUAGGGAAAUUUGGAAGGGCUUUUGAAGCAUUAGAGUACUUUAGAGAUAUGAAUAAAAAAGGAGUUUUUGAGUACUCUAUUUACUCUACAUUGAUAUGUUCUUUUGCGCGUUUGCGCGAGGUUCAUGUGGCCGAGGAACUUUUAGUCGAAGCUAAAAACAAAACAAUGAUAAGGGAUCCUGAGGUUUAUUUAAAGCUUGUGCUAAUGUAUGUUGAAGAAGGUUUAUUGGAGAAGACUUUGGAAGUUGUCGAGGCGAUGAAGGAUGUUAAUGUCAAGGUUUCUGAUUGCGUACUAUGUGCUAUUAUCAAUGGUUUUAGCAAAAGAAGAGGGUUUUCGUCUUCUGUCAAAGUUUUCGAGAAACUGAUUUUUCAGGGAUAUGAACCUGGUCAAGUCACCUACGCUUCGAUUAUAAACGCCUAUAUCCGUCUUGGACAAAAUAUAAAAGCGGAGAAAGUUUUCUCAGAGAUGGAGCAAAAGGGAUUUGAUAAAUGUGUUGUGGCUUAUUCAAGCAUGAUUGUAAUGUAUGGUAAAACAGGUCGGUUAAGUAAUGCAAUGAGACUAGUUGCUAAGAUGAAAGAAAGAGGGUGCAAACCGAAUGUUUGGAUUUACAAUUCAUUGAUUGACAUGCAUGGAAAGGAGAAGAAUUUGAGGCAACUUGAGAAAUUGUGGAAAGAAAUGAAGAGAAGAAAAGUUGCACCUGAUAAGAUUACUUACACGAGCAUAAUUGGUGCUUAUUGUAAAAUUGGAGAGUUUGAUAAAUGCAUUGAACUUUAUAAUGAGUAUAGACUCAAUAAGGGUGUGAUUGAUAAAGCUAUGGCUGGUACAAUGGUUGGUGUCUACUCAAAAGUUGGUCAAGUUGAUGAACUUGUGAAACUUUUACAAGACAUGAAAAGUGAAGGAACAAGAUUGGAUCAGAGGCUUUAUCAGUCUGCUUGGAAUGCUUUUGCAGAGGCUGGCAUGCAAGUACAGGUAAAAUGGAUGAAAGAGAGUUUUCAUGUAACAUAGUUUAAUUUCAAUUGUAAGAAGUGGAAAAAUAUGUGAAGUUGAGUGAGUAAUUUGAUACUUGUUCAUAAUGUAUCGAUUUUGAGGCUAAAGAGCUUUGAUUUGUACAAUUUAGCAAUGUUAAGUCCUUUGUGAUCCUAUUCCUAUGCUUCCAAAUUGUAAUUAAAAACUUGUCUGGUUUAAAUGUGAGUUUGGUGAAAUCACGGUGGAA